UCUUUUUCUUUGUUGUUUACAUUUUGUUUUCUCUUCAUUGUGAUCGAUUUUAUUUUUGAUUGUGUUUCUUUUUUAAUACUUUUAAUUGUUCUAAUCAUGGCUCUUCGAACUGUGGUUAAUAAUGUUGUUCACAAUUUAAAGAAUUAUUUCCAAUCAAUUCCAAGGAAAUUCAAUAAAUCUCCUCUCAAUGAUUCCUUGCUCAAAGCUAUGGACUCUUAUGAGAGUUACAUUGGUGUUAAGGAGAUUAAGAAGAUUCAACAAAAUGUCCUCAAGGCAGAAGAAGCUUUUAUCGAGUCAAGUAAAGCCCGACGCUCAAUCCAAGAUGAUUUACUUAAAGUACAACAGAAUUUGAAACAAAUCCGAUCCAAAUUAGAUUCCAUGAGCCGAUCAGAUGAAGCUUAUUUGGAAUUGAUUACAAAUGAACAUAAAAUGAUGAAAAACGAGUUGAAACUGUUGAAUGAUUUGCGAACCAGAGAGGAAUCAGAACGUGAAUUGUUCACCAGUUUUUCUCAGAGAUUAAGAGAAGCUCAUGAGUUUGAAAGACUACGACAGGAGAAGGUCAAAUAUUUAUCGAUUCUCGGAUCAAUUAUCGGCGCUUUUCUCGGAAUCGUUGGAACGAGUAUCAAUCAUGCCCUGAAAAUGAAAGAUAUCAACAAAUUAGUAACUGCAUUGGAAUCACAAAUGAAUUCAUUAAGCUCAACAUUCACCAAGGAACUGAAUCAACUUAACGAUAAUCAAUGCCAACCAUCAACUGAUCCGGAAGAGACCACAAGUAAUCAAAGUAACCAUGAUACCAAAUUUGAACAAAAUCUCAACAAUCUAAGUCAAAUCAUCGUGAACGAGAUUAAUUCAACUCAACAAUCAAUUGAAUUAUCUCAACAAGAAAUGGAACUACGAAUUAAGUAUUAUAAUCUAAUUACCAUAGGAUUUUUUGCGAUUUUUUUACCGGUUGUUAUAAGAUUUUUAAGUGAUUAGGUUAGUUGAUUAGCUAAUUAAUUAAUGUACUUGUCAUCUUUCAUUUCUAAAAAUAUAUUAAUUAUUACGCUCUCCUUAAUCAAUCAUGUGUAAGGAUGUAACAAUUAACAUCGGAAGGAGUUGAUUGUUAAUUUUUUUCCAAUAAUAUUAACAAUCAAAGGAAAGAUAAUUGUAAUUAUAUAAUCAAAUAUUAAUUUGAUUCAUUGAAAUGAUUUUGUUAAUUAUCUUAACAAUUCAUGUACCAUACACAUGUUUCAAUUUGCUAAUUUUACAUAAUCAUCUCACCAAAAUUAACAAUUAACUAAUUU